AAAAUAAACGCUCAGUCGGUUACCAACAAGCAGUUGGUGUGUGUCUCAUUGAUCACACAACAACAAUAAUAACCUGCCCUGUAGAUGUUUAUAUUUUUAUACUACCAGUGACUUGUUGUAAUAAAAUAGUUCAUUGUUUUUUCAACUUAAGGACUCGACCGCGAGGCCGCGUUGCCUUCUCGUCUGUGGGUUGAGCCGUUAUUUUAAAAACUUAAAAAAAAAAUCACCAACGACAAUCCAUAAAUACAUUAAACACUCUCUCUUUAGUAUCUCUCGAACAAGCAAAAAGAAAAGUGUUUUUUUUCCAUUGUUCGUACCGGUCAGAAUGCCCGUGUCUUGUCUAUUUACCGAAAUGGAUAGAACAAGCGCAGACGAAAGCUUAGAGACUCGCACUUUGCAGCUUGCUUACGAACUUUCGAUGUUGCGGAUGCCCGAGUCUUCAAACCCGGUUUCGGAACCUGAAAGUCCCUCAGAUUUCGCUCCAUUACUCAACCCUCUUCAUACCAUCGGUUUGGAAGAAAAUAGAUCGAAGAAAUCCCAGAACAUGACCGAAUGUGUGCCGGUACCAAGUUCAGAGCACGUGGCUGAAAUCGUUGGCAGACAAGGUUGCAAGAUAAAAGCGCUUAGGGCAAAGACAAACACGUAUAUCAAGACGCCAGUGCGAGGUGAGGAACCAGUAUUCGUAGUGACAGGUCGCAAGGAAGAUGUAGCUAAAGCAAAACGCGAAAUAUUGUCGGCCGCAGAACAUUUUUCUCAAAUCCGCGCGACACGUAAAAGUAACAUAAUCGGCGGUUUAAACGGCAGUCCACCAGGUCCGCCGACCAACAUCCCCGGUCAAAUAACCAUCCAAGUUCGCGUGCCGUAUCGCGUUGUGGGUCUGGUAGUCGGUCCAAAAGGAGCGACAAUCAAACGCAUCCAACACCAAACCCACACGUACAUCGUGACGCCCAGUAGGGAUAAAGAGCCCGUGUUUGAGGUAACCGGAAUGCCGGAGAACGUAGAAAGCGCCCGACGAGAAAUCGAAGCCCAUAUCGCUCUAAGAACCGGAAACGGUACUUCUAUCAACGGACUGAACGGACUCGGAGGUCUCGAAGAGUCGGCAGAUCUAUUGGCAUCGCUGUACAAGACUGGUCUCAAUUCUCUCUUCAAUUACAUCGAGUCGCCGACAGAUCCGUUCAGUAAUAUGACUUCGUCGACCGGAAGCACUGGCGCUUUUUCGAGUUCUGGUUCGUGUUCGAGCAGUUCGUCGAGUUCGGGCGGACGGGCGGAUUUGGGCGCGAUCUGGGCCCCGAACGAUCGCGACGAAGGACUGGGCGACUCGCCCAGUUUCGACAGUUCGACCGCGCUCUCGAGCAUCUGGUCGUAUCCGAGCGUGGGCAACGGCAGCGGUAACAAUACGAGCGCCCCGAAUCGCCCGUCGCCCCCAACGAGCACGAGUCCUGCCGAUUCGUUGCUCAGCUCCGCGAAGUGUUUAGUUUGCCAUGAGGCUAAAGUCACACAUGCUCUGGUGCCGUGCGGACACAACUUUUUCUGUAUGGAGUGCGCAAAGCGGGUGUGUGAGGGCAGUGACGCACAGUGUCCAGUGUGUUCUUUGCCCGCGAUGCAGGCAAUCCGCAUUUACUCGCCCAACCCCUAGGUCGAUAUAGUACACUGCUAUUAUUAUCGUCGAUCUCUCGCUAACAACAACAGCAUCAUCAUCGUCGUCAUUAUCGUAAUAAUCAUGAACCUCCCACUGUCUCUUUCACUGUUUCUCUGUUUCUUUCUCAUUCACACGAAACAUGGUUGUACCAGAAAAAAACACACAACCGCUCAUUCACGUUCACACUCAUGCUCGUCAUCGUUUGUACACUUGAUGUAUGUCACAUUCCCUAACCGCGUCCUGUGUUCAGCUACGGUUUGUCCCGCAGUCGUGUGACAGUUUUUCAUACGCUCUACAACGAAGAACAGUAUAUUAUAUUAUUAUUAUUAUUAAGUGUGUAUUAUUGUACGAAUUACGUUUUUGUUAACUUUUACGCUUUGUUUUUGUUUCUAUUAAUAUAUUCGUUGUUUUAUUAAUAUAUUCGAUGUUCUGGUAUAAUAAUAACACACACACGAUGCGGGACCUAUCGGCGCAUAUUAUAGUCGUUCU